UGUUAGCUAAUAGCUGCCGAAAGUUGUAUAACGAGGAAAACACAGAAGGACACUGCUCCGGAGAGAAAACUUUAUUAGGUCAUCUAAAUCCAGGGGGUUUGUUCACAUACAUAAACCUCUUUGUAUAUAUUUUCUGUUUUAUUUCCAGUCGUCAUCUAGUAUAAAAUGUUUUCACUUACGACGUCGUUUCAGCCACAGCAGAUGAUAGUGCCUCUCAGCCAGCUCAUCAAUGCCCUCAACUCCCUGAAGAACUCUGUCACAGGUUCUGCCAGGGUGCUGCACAAAGACUUCCCUGCAGAGCACAGUUCAUUUCUCAGAGAGCCCAUUGUGAGUCUGAAGGAUCUGGGUCUAUCAGAUAUCGGGGUGAAUCAGUUGGAUGAGCUGGUGAGCAGGUUGCUGCCUGUAGCAGUACCAGAGGGACCCCCAACUCUUCCCUCUAUAUGGAGGACAAGUCACGUCUCUGGAGACAGCUUCUUCCACAACAAGCAUGGCGUUUCUCAACAAAGACUAGGAGUUUUUGGUUCCCCAGUAUUCCACAGACAAUACCACAGUCCGUUGAAAGAUGUUUGCUCUCAGUUACAGUUCUUGCCAGUUUGGGUCCAGAGUCGAGGAUUUAAGACUCUCAGAUCAAGACCUAGACGCACACAGACCAGCAACGAUGAAUCAGUGGACUCAGAGCAGUACACCCCAACUUUAAUGAGGGGUUUGUUCAUGAAGGAUAAAGAGCCAGAAAUUCACUCUAUGGAGCAAGUGAUUCAACAAAAGAACCUUCCAGAAAAUCAGCAGGAGGCCUUCAAGACAGGUUUCACCGAGGGCUUCAUGAGGUCUCAGGCCUACACUCAAAAAGCACAAGAUUCACUAAGGAGAACCAGGAUGAUCCUCUUGGCUCUUCUCCUUAUUGGUACUUUUGCUCUGUCCAAAACCUCCUUUCUCUCGGUGAGGUUCCGCACCAGGUCCGGUUUCGAUGCGGCACUCGACCCCAUCCAGAUGAAGAAUGUGACAUUUGAUCAUGUCAAAGGAGUGGAGGAGGCCAAGAAUGAACUGCAGGACGUGGUUGAGUUUCUCAAGAACCCACAGAAAUUCACUGUUCUGGGUGGAAAGCUGCCUAAAGGAAUCCUCCUCGUGGGUCCUCCAGGAACAGGAAAAACUCUUUUAGCACGAGCCGUGGCUGGAGAGGCCGACGUGCCUUUCUACUACGCCUCUGGAUCAGAGUUUGAUGAGAUGUUUGUGGGCAUCGGUGCGAGCCGUAUCAGAAAUCUGUUCAAGGAAGCCAAAGCUACUGCUCCGUGUGUCAUCUUCAUUGACGAGUUGGACAGCGUCGGAGGGAAGAGGAUCGAGUCACCCAUGCAUCCUUACGCCAGACAAACCAUUAACCAGCUGCUGGCAGAGAUGGACGGAUUUAAACCAAAUGAAGGAGUCAUUGUUAUUGGUGCCACUAACUUUGCUGAGGCUCUGGAUAACGCUCUGGUGCGACCUGGGAGGUUUGACAUGCAGGUGACCGUCCCGCGUCCAGAUGUGAAGGGACGCACGGAGAUUCUCAACUGGUACCUGUCCAAGAUUAAAGUGGACAGUACCGUGGAAGCGGAAAUCAUUGCCCGAGGCACAGUGGGGUUCUCGGGGGCAGAGCUCGAGAAUCUGGUCAACCAGGCCGCCCUGAAGGCAGCCAUGGACGGGAAAGAGAUGGUCACUAUGAAAGAUCUGGAGUUCGCAAAGGACAAGAUCCUCAUGGCCCCUGGGUGGAAGACCGUUGUAAUUGAUAAACAGAACAAGACCAUCACGGCCUACCAUGAGUCUGGCCAUGCUAUAGUUGCGUACUACACCAAGGAUGCAAUGCCAAUCAACAAGGCAACAAUUAUGCCGAGGGGACCAACCCUGGGUCAUGUGUCCAUGCUCCCAGAGGACGACCGCUGGUCUGAGACACGGGCACAGCUUCUGGCUCAGAUGGACGUCAGUAUGGGCGGUCGAGUGGCAGAGGAGCUCAUCUUUGGAGACGACAACAUCACCACGGGAGCCUCCAAUGACUUUGAUGGUGCAACCAGGAUAGCCAAAAUGAUGGUGACCAAGUUUGGAAUGAGUGACAAGCUUGGCGUGAUGACCUACGGCGAUGUAACCAAACAGAGCCCCGAGACGCAGGCCGCCAUCGAACAGGAAGUGAGAGUGUUACUCCAGGAUUCUUACGAUCGUGCCAAGAACCUCCUGAAGAAGUACAGCAAGGAGCACAAGACGCUGGCCGACGCCCUGCUGACACACGAAACCCUGGAUGCCAAAGAGAUCCAGAUGGUGCUGGAAGGCAAAUCGCUGGACCACUGAGAUACCUCACUAGACAUUUUAGACCCUUGUAUCCUUGUGUAUGUGUAUAUACACGUAUAUAUGUACUUACAUAUAUAUCUAUAUAUACAUACACAUGUUUGUGUACAUUUACAUAUAUAAAUAUAUAGAACAUUUUGUAAAUGAGCCUCACUCUUUUGAAGGUGCUGGAUUUGUUCUGUCCUCAGUAUCGGUGUCAACAGGAAACCGUAUUUUCUGUCAGACCAAUGAUAUUAAGUUAUUUUUUUAUCCAUUCUCAUUUGACCGUUUCCCAGCAGAGAGGACUCUGAGGAUCAAUGCCACUUUCAAGGUUUUCAGUCAAACUGCUCCUUUGAGUAUAUUGAGCGGCAGGUAGAUACAGAUCAUUCUAAACUGUGAAUACUAAUUUUCUUUUUUAAAUCCAUUCACAAAAAACUGUUCAGUGUUUUGUUUUCCUUCAUGGGAUGUAAAUUAUGACCACGUCAACUGUAUGUUUGUUUUAUUUAUUACUCACCUGGCCAGCAGUGUGUCCCGUUUCAUGAAAUCAGUCACAAUGAACUGUCCUGUAAAUGAGUGGUGAUGAAGUGUAAAUACUGGAGUGUCACAAAGGCUUUCUGAAAGCUCUAAUAAAGGUUUCUCAUACAACA